UCCAGGCAUGAGUCAGCGGGAGCCNCCAGGACCAGCUGCAAUGCCAGUAGUUCUCUGCUGUGCCUCUCUCAACGAAGACUAGAGACCAGCACCAUGUCGCAGGCUGCUGUGUUUUCCAUCAAGAUAAUGGUGAAGGCAUGGGUCUUCGGAUCAGUGGAGAGCUAAUCUCUGCCUACCCACAGGUGGUGGUAGUGAGAGUUCCAACCCCGUGGGUGCAGAGUGACAGUGAUAUUACUGUUUUGCGCCACCUAGAGAAGAUGGGAUGCCGUUUGAUGAACCGACCUCAAGCCAUCCUUAACUGUGUUAAUAAAUUCUGGACAUUCCAAGAGUUAGCUGGCCAUGGUGUGCCUCUACCAGAUACUUUUUCUUACGGUGGCCAUGAAAACUUUGCUAAGAUGAUUGAUGAAGCAGAAGUGCUGGAGUUCCCAAUGGUAGUGAAGAAUACAAGGGGCCAUAGAGGCAAAGCUGUUUUCUUGGCACGAGAUAAACACCAUUUAGCGGAUCUAAGCCACCUUAUUCGUCAUGAAGCUCCAUAUUUGUUCCAGAAAUACAUUAAAGAGUCUCAUGGAAGGGAUGUACGAGUCAUUGUUGUGGGCGGCCGUGUAGUUGGCACCAUGCUGCGUUGUUCCACAGAUGGAAGGAUGCAAAGCAACUGUUCCCUAGGCGGCGUGGGGAUGAUGUGCUCACUGAGUGAACAAGGGAAGCAGCUGGCUAUCCAAGUGUCUAAUAUCCUGGGCACGGAUGUGUGUGGUAUUGACCUGUUGAUGAAAGAUGACGGCUCCUUCUGUGUCUGCGAGGCNAAUGCAAAUGUAGGUUUCAUCGCCUUUGAUAAGGCUUGUAAUCUAGAUGUAGCUGGUAUCAUAGCAGACUAUGCUGCCUCCCUUCUGCCCGCUGGCCGGCUCACCCGGCGCAUGUCCCUGCUCUCUGUGGUGUCCACUGCCAGUGAGACUAGUGAGCCGGAGCUUGGUCCCCCUGCCAGCGCUGCUGUCGACAACAUGAGCGCGAGUUCCAGCUCUGUUGAUAGCGACCCUGAAAGCACCACCGAGCGAGAGAUGCUCACCAAGCUCCCAGGGGGGCUGUUCAACAUGAACCAGCUGCUAGCCAAUGAAAUCAAACUCCUGGUGGAGUGACUCCACUGGUAAAUAGUUAAACAACAAAACCCUUGUAAAACUGUCUCCCUGCACCCCACCCCUUCCCUUUAACCAACUUGCAAUGCUGUUCAUGGAGAAUGUUCAGAAGGUUGAGUUACAGAUACAGUAAGAUUGGUUAGAAGAAAGGAAAAUAGAUGAGGCCCCUGGUAGUGAUUCAUUUAUGGAUUUCACAGAGGAAUACUAGGUGACACACAGAGAAAUGGCAGGCUCUCAUGGUAACCUUUUCAGUUACGAAUGAAAACCCUGCUCAUAGGCCAUGAGGAACGUGAGAGGUUUUUUUUUUUUUUCUCCCCAUGGUCUCUUGCUUUUGUUUUUAUGUAGAAUGGUUUUGAUCCAAGUACUUAGUAGCAUGACUUCAGUUUCAAGAUUUGUAAAGAGGAAAACAUCCAUUUAAAAUACAGAAGUGUUUUAAAUAAUCUGAAAUGUGCCGUUUCUCUCAGCUAGCAUUUAGCGCAUAGUUGUUUAUGAACUCUAAGGGGCUCUGACUGGAAUUUCUUUAUUUUCAUGUUUGUCUUUGUUUUUUUCCCCUUAAUUUGGGUGGGAGGGUAAUGUGACUAUAAUCCAAUAAAGAUUUUUAAUAACAAAAUUGGCAUGUUUGCAUGAUGAAAGGGAAAUGAACAGUAUUGCAAUGUCUGGUAUACAAAGUAACAUUUACUCAAUGUAGAUAAAGUUAUACUAGUUAAAAGUUUGUGCAUUGACUUGUAUUUGUUAGUGUUUUAGUCUUUUUUUGAAGGAUAUAUGCUCUGUUAAUGUUGCAUUUUUAAUACAUGCUGGUAACACC